CUUUGGAUCCAUUUUACCCCGCCAAAAACACCGGGCACUUUGUUUGCCCAACUGAUUCAAGAAAUUGUGUCUACAUUGGAAGAACUAUGGCAGAUUCUGGGGCAGAAAGUCCGAAUGAAGAACCGAUGGAGCAGGGUGGAGGAGAACCUGCAGCUGGGAGCUCAGGAUUUACAUUGAAAGCUCCACCAAAAGGGAAAGUCGAGAAAAAUGACCAAGAUUAUGAAGAGAAACUGGAAUCUGAUAGGAGCAAUAGGUUUGGGUUCUUACUGAAGCAGACAGAACUAUUUGCUCACUUCAUGGCCACGGGAGGUGCUGGUGUCGGGGGCAAGGGUCCAACAAGUCCCCUGAAGAUGAAACCAGGCCGGCCCAAACUGAAGAAAGAUGACAAAUCCAAGCUUCAGGCAGCAGGAGAAAUGGAACAGUCUAAAAAGGCCUCGGCGGCAGAUGACCAUCGUCAUCGGCGAACUGAACAAGAGGAAGACGAAGAGUUACUGUCGGAAAGCCGAAAAGCUGUCAAUGUCAUCACACGCUUCGACAGUUCGCCCUCAUACAUCAAAAGUGGAGAAAUGAGAGACUAUCAAGUCCGAGGUUUAAACUGGAUGAUCUCCCUUUAUGAGAAUGGCAUCAAUGGAAUCUUGGCUGAUGAAAUGGGUCUAGGAAAGACACUUCAGACCAUAUCUUUGCUUGGUUACAUGAAACAUUAUCGCAACAUUCCCUCCCCUCACUUGGUUAUUGGCCCCAAAUCCACUCUCGCCAACUGGGUAAAUGAAUUCAAGAGAUGGUGUCCAACACUUCGAGCAGUUUGUCUCAUUGGAGAUCAAGUUCAGAGAGCUAACUUUAUUAGGGACACAAUGAUGCCGGGAGAGUGGGAUGUUUGUAUUACCUCAUAUGAAAUGGUCAUUCGUGAAAAAUCUGUCUUCAAGAAGUUCAAUUGGCGGUAUCUUGUCAUUGAUGAAGCUCACAGGAUAAAGAAUGAGAAAUCCAAGUUGUCAGAAAUUGUGCGCGAGUUCAAGUCUGCAAAUCGUCUCUUGUUGACUGGUACACCUCUUCAGAAUAACCUCCAUGAGCUCUGGGCUCUGCUAAACUUCCUCCUGCCAGACGUCUUCAACAACUCUGAUGAUUUUGAUGCUUGGUUUAAUGCCAACAGCUGCCUUGGUGACAAUGAGCUUGUGGAGCGUCUUCAUUCUGUUCUCAGACCUUUCCUACUCAGAAGAAUAAAAUCUGAUGUGGAGAAAAGACUAUUACCAAAGAAAGAAACCAAGAUCUUUGUGGGUUUGAGCAAAAUGCAGAGGGAAUGGUACACUAAAAUCUUAAUGAAGGACAUAGAUAUUGUAAAUGGAGCUGGAAAAUCAGACAAAAUGAGGCUUCUGAACAUUUUGAUGCAGUUGAGGAAAUGUACAAAUCAUCCGUACCUGUUUGAUGGGGCAGAGCCAGGUCCUCCAUACACUACAGAUUAUCAUCUGGUAGCCAACAGUGGGAAGAUGUGUAUUCUAGACAAGCUGUUACCCAAACUCCAGGCUAAUGACUCACGAGUGUUGAUAUUCAGUCAGAUGACCAGGGUACUGGAUAUUCUGGAGGAUUACUGCUGCUGGAGGAAUUACGACUACUGCCGACUCGAUGGCUCCACGCCCCACGAAGAGAGGACGAAAUCCAUUAGUGACUUCAAUGAACCAGGCAGUAAGAAGUUCAUAUUUAUGUUGAGUACAAGAGCUGGAGGGCUAGGCAUCAACCUGGCCACAGCAGAUAUUGUCAUCCUGUAUGACUCAGACUGGAACCCCCAGGUUGAUCUACAGGCUAUGGAUCGUGCUCAUAGGAUUGGUCAGCAGAAGCAGGUGCGAAUCUUUAGAUUUAUAACGGAGAACACGGUGGAGGAGAGAAUUGUGGAAAGAGCGGAGACCAAACUGAGGCUGGACAACAUUGUCAUCCAGCAGGGGCGUCUUCAGGACCAGUCUGCCAAUAAGCUGGGCAAGGAUGAGGUUUUGAGCAUGAUCAGGCACGGCGCUAACCAUGUGUUUGCCUCCAAGGAAAGCGACAUCACAGAUGAGGACAUCGAUCACAUCCUGGAAAGGGGAGAGCAAAAGACUCAGGAAAUCAACAAAAAGCUUGAGGCUCUCGGAGAAGACAGUUUACGGAAUUUUACCUUAGAUAACAAUGAAGGAUCCAGUGUUUACCAGUUUGAGGGUCAAGAUUACCGAGACAAGCACAAGAUAGGCACCAUCGGGGCGUGGAUUGAACCUCCGAAGAGAGAGAGAAAAGCAAACUACGCCGUGGAUGCCUAUUUCCGAGAGGCCCUCAGAGUCAGUGAACCCAAGGCACCCAAGGCGCCCAGACCACCCAAACAACCAAAUGUUCAAGAUUUCCAGUUUUUCCCUCCACGACUAUUUGAACUGUUGGAUGCUGAAAUCUACAAUUACAGAAAGGGUAUUGGUUAUAAGGUUCCACGGAACCCUGACUUAGGGUCUGACGCUGAGAGGAUCAGGAAGGAGGAGCAGAAACAGAUUGACGAGUCAGAACCUCUGACUGAGGAGGAGAUUCAGGAGAAAGAGGAGCUACUGAAAGAGGGGUUCACAAAUUUCAAAAGAGACUUCAACCAGUUCAUCAAGGCCAAUGAGAAAUAUGGACGUGACGAUUUGGAGAGUAUAGCUAGAGAAGUGGAGGGGAAGACACCUGAUGAGGUGAUGCAGUACUCCAGUGUAUUCUGGGACAGGUGCAAUGAACUUCAGGACAUAGAGAGGAUCAUGGCUCAGAUAGAGAGAGGAGAGGCCAAAAUACAGCGAAGGAUCAGUAUUAAGAAGGCCCUGGAUGCCAAGAUGGCCCGCUACCGCGCCCCAUUCCACCAGCUGAGGAUACAGUAUGGCACAAACAAGGGGAAGAACUACACAGAGGAGGAGGACAGGUUCCUAGUGUGCAUGCUGCACAAGCUCGGCUUUGACAAGGAAAACGUGUAUGAUGAGCUAAGGACAGCUGUACGUCAAGCCCCACAGUUCAGAUUUGACUGGUUCAUCAAGUCCAGGACUGCUAUGGAGCUACAGAGGAGAUGUAACACAUUGAUCACCCUGAUAGAGCGGGAGAACCUGGAACUGGAGGAGAAAGAGAAACAAGAGAGAAAGAAGAAGGGUCCCCGUUCAGGCACUCCAAAGGGUCAGAAGAGGAAAGCUGAUGGAACGCCAGAUGCCAGAGGACGACCAAAGAAGAAGAAGUGAAUGGCUGAUAGGUGACAGGUUCUGAAAUGUCAAAUCUUACAUCUGAUAAAACCCUUAAAAUCUCAGAUCCAAGAAUAACCUGGUUACGCAGUGGAAGUCUGCAAAAGGCUACGCAAAUAGAUAUUGAAUGAUCUUGGUAAAAUUGUACAUCAUUAUACUCAUCACACAUGGACAUCUGUAGAUAAUCACUGCCCCUUCGUCCCCUUGUGCGUGUAUCUGCUAUGUAGGUUACUCAAUACUGUGGUAGAUCAUGUGUCUUAAUCAUCCAUAUCUUAUUUAGGAUGUCGUGUUCUCCAGUGCUACCUAUGUAGAAGCCAUAGGUAACUGGCAUGUCCAGCAGUAGCGAUGUCUUGCAUUUCACAGCAUAUGUUUGGUCUACUGUCAAAACGCCACCUUCAUUGUGACGUUUACUUUGCUUUAUGAGCUCUUUAAAAACAAUUUUUGUUAUGCGAUGUUUGUGUUUUAAGUGUAAUUCUAUUUAAAGAAUGUCAUAAGUCAGCCUGCAGUUUUGUACAUGUGGAAGUUUUAGAAAAUAAAUGUCUAACUUAAUAAUUAU